AUGCAUACCGCAUCGUACCUGGCUUCCCUCGCCGGGCUUGCAGCUCUCGCAACCGCAUCCCCAGCAUCAGUUGAGCGUCGUAGCAGCGUUUCCGGUGGGUCCGGCAGACAGAACCCACCCAGCAACAAUCUGCAGAGCUUUCUGAUCAACUACAACGUUCGUACAAACACCCAGGAUAUGUUGAUGUCCACGGCUGACAGCACAUCCAGUUCGAGACUUUUACGAGUAUCACCGGUCAACUCCCAGUGUCUACUACUCCCAUUGGCAACUACGACUUGCUGAACUUCAACACCGUCCUCGUCAACCAGACGCAGCCUCCCGUUGCUGGAGUGGCCUGCCACACCGCUCCCGCCUGCACCGUGUUCACGCUUGCCACGACCCUCCAGUCUGGCCUUUUGACGCCAGGCCAGACUCUCAACCCCCUCGUGGGCCCGGCAGUCAUUACGUCCGAAUACCAAUACUCGCCCAUCACCUACUUCAACCCGUACGUUUUCUACUACGGAUGAGUCGUUGCCGAUGCGAACGGCGCCGCAUCCACGCCCGCAAGCUGCACCAUCACCGCGACGGGAUUCAACACCAAGGGUCAGAAGAUCUACAACCAGGACUUCCAGUACGCGGCCACUGGUGCGCUGCUGCAGCAGAUGACGCUGGGAUACUUCAACCAGGGCUGGCAGGGCCUGCAGGUCGCGCGUCUGGAACUCACCGUCUCCAACAACGCCACUACCGCAGCUCUGGUCGACAAUUUCCUGGCCACUGUGUACGGCCCACAGAGCGCUGCUGUGAACAUUGACUUUUAG